CCAUCUCUAAAGUUGUGCCGCUCUUUUUCAUACGAACUAUAUUAACCAAACGCUGAAAUUAAACUAAAAAAUAUUUUAUUCAUCCUCAAAGUAUAUUGAAAAAUGAAUAACAUCUUGAAUAAGGAGAACACAGGCGUUAAUUUGCCGACCAAUCCUAUAAAAAAUGUAGUUGCUCCUAAUUCAGUGCUAAAAAAAUGCGUCCUUGGGAAACUAGAUAAUGUGAUGCACCAAACUCCUAAAAUUACUCCGUUUAAAAGGAAUACUGUGAGACUGGAGGACAGCACCGCCAAGUUAUCGUUUCGCAAGACCCAUAAACAAACCAUUAUAGCCAAGGACCGAGAAGAAGAAAUUGUUAGAACAACAAGUUGUUAUUUGGGCGCUUACAUGUUAAGAUGCGAAGCCCAAGCCAUAAAUUUGUUUAACUACACUGACUUUCCAAACGAGAAAUGUUUGAAGAAAUGCGGUAAACCCAUCACGGAAACCUGGUCGGAUAGUCAAUCUGGAUAUGAUGCACUGUUUAAACAACUUUAUUGUGACCCUUGCAAAUGGGAAGAACAAUUAGGCAAUCAGAAUUUCCCUCCGUUAGUAUCCGAUUAUGAUGAACUCACAUGCAUUGAUGACGCAGAAAACAUCGAAACCGAUGAUUAUCAGUUCGUUUUAGAUUUGUUUGCGCCAAUGCCAAACCUAGAAAGUGUUGAUAUCCUUUUUUAAAUCUUUGUUAGGAAAUUUAUUUGUUUAUUUUGUAGCUUAAUGUCCAUUCACUCCAUAGUUACGUUUGUAAUAAAAGUCAUACAUUAGAAUUUUAAAUUAUCGUUUAUGUAUUAAUAAAUGUAAUGCUAAGAGAAUAAAGUUAAGUGUAACUAAAACCAAAA